UGGUUAAUUACAGGCUUUACAGCAGUACUAUCUCAACACUAACCAAAAUUCAAAAAAAAAAAAAAAAAAGAAUGUGGAAGGAAGGAGAUGAAGAGCCCGCCAGCCCCAGCGCUCGAUUGAUGCAGGCACCGAAAUUCAACCUCUGCAUAAUUUCAGUGAUGGGCUACAACACCAAAAUCGACACCAACUUAUACAAGAAAUGCGUCGAACAGACUCUCCUCAAGCACCCCCGCUUCGCCAGCAUCCUAGUCGCGAACGACGGCAAGUGCCGUUGGAGGCGCACCAGCGUAGACGUGGACAACCACGUCUACGAAGUGGAUUUGGAUCCGGAUCCUGACGCGGAAUCCUCCGACGAAUUGGUCGAAAACUACGCGUCGAAUCUGUCCAAGAUUCCGUUGGACUCCGCGAAGCCGUUGUGGGAAAUCCACAUUCUCAACGUGGAAACGUCGGACGCGAGCGCCACGGUGUUGUUCAAGCUCCAUCACUCGAUGGGAGACGGCGUGUCGCUGAUGGCGCUCUGCCACGCUUGUUCUAGAAGCAUCUCGAACCCCGACGCUUUGCCGGCAUACCCGUCGUCGAAGGAACGCGGACGGCGACGGGAAUGCCGCGGGACUGUGAUGAGCUUUUUUGUCUUGGUGUGGACGCUGCUUGUGAUUUCGUUCAACACGUUGCUUGAUGUCGCGUUGUUUCUGGCUACUAUUUUCUUUCUGGAGGAUUCGAGAACUCCCGUUAAAGCUGCAGGCGCCGGCGACGGAGGAGGGGAACCGUCACGGACGCGGUUCGUGCACCGGGUCGUUAGUCUUGACGACGUUAAGCUCGUGAAGACGGCGUUGAAUGCGAGUAUUAAUGAUGUUGUGCUCGGAGUCACUGAAGCCGGCCUCAGUCGUUACCUCAACGCAAGAUAUGAGAACGAUAGAGAAACUGGUGCAGAAAUAAUUAAGAGUGGCACAAAUUCGUUGCCUAGAAAUCUACGCUUUAGAUCAGCUGUUGUCUUUAACCUCAGACCAUGUCCAACAAUUGAGGAUUUGGCUGAGAUGAUGGAGAAAGAGGAGUUGAAUGGAAUGUGGGGGAAUUUCAUAGGCAUAGUGAUUCUCCCCUUCACGAUUGAUAUGCAAGAGGAUCCUUUGACAUACAUUCGUAGAGCAAAAAGCAGCAUGGAUCGAAAGAAACUAUCACUCGCUCACAAAUGUGCAUUCUUGGUGAUGAAGCUAACGAUGUUGUUAUUUGGGGUGAAGGCAGCAGCUGGCAUGACACGCUCUGUUUUCAAACACACAACUUUAACUUUCUCAAAUGUGAUGGGCCCAAAAGAGGAGGUCAAUUUAUUUGGACACCAUUUGCGCUACAUUGCGCCUUCUGUCUACGGCUUUCCUCAAUCGCUAGUGGUCCAUCACCAAAGUUACGGUGAGAAGCUUAUAAUAUCGAUCGGUGCUGAUGAGAAGUUGAUCCCAAAUCCUCAUCAACUCUGCGAUGAGUUGGUUAAAUCUCUACAAAUUAUCAAAGCAGCUGCAAUAAAAAGAGAGCUUUUCGACAAGUUCUGAAUUUAAUUUGCGUCUUGUUUACAUGAUGUUUCUCAGCUAGUUAGUAUAUGUAAGUUUCAAGUUUUACAAGACAUUCAUUGUGUCGGAUACUUUUGUUUCCCUUUGGAUAUCUAAUACUACUAUCUUGUAUAUAUAAGUAACUUAUAGUAUACUAUUAUUUAUGUCGUA